GUCGAUUAUAGUCCAAGAAUUGCCGGUUCCGGGUUCAGAGUCGGACCGUGCCCGGAUUCAGCUCCUAAAAAUUCCACGCCAAACUUCCCAUCUUUCUCUCCUAACACCGCGAAAGCCCGUAUGUAUUCCCCCGUUGAUCUUUAACCGCAUUUCUCCCGGCGUGUCCGUGCUGUUCAUAGAAAUUUCAGAUGAUUGUAAUGGAGGGGUGUAAGGGUUUGCAGAUCAAUCCAAUCAAAGCUUAUUAUUGUAAGCGGGAUAAUCGUGCCCUCGUUUCUGCAUUCACUCCGGGAGUUUCCAGAACAGUUGGUUGGAAAUCACAUAGGAUGAUUUGCAAUCCAAAGUCUUUGAAUUUGGUUUCAGCUUCUAUUCAACCUGUUGGAACCUCCCAAAAAACCAGCUUUAGUAAUGCAUUGCCAACUAAAGAGGUACUUGAUGUCUGGCAGAAUGCGGAUGCUGUAUGCUUUGAUGUAGAUAGCACAGUUUGUGUAGAUGAGGGCAUAGAUGAACUUGCUGAGUUCUGUGGAGCUGGGAAGGCUGUGGCAGAAUGGACUGCAAGGGCAAUGAGCGGCUCCGUUCCCUUUGAGGAAGCUUUGGCUGCCAGGCUAUCUCUUUUCAAUCCUUCAUUGUCUCAAGUUGAGAGUUUCUUAGAGAAGAAACCUCCAAGACUGUCUCCUGGGAUUGAUGAAUUGGUCAACCUGCUGAAGAAUAGAAAAAAAGAUAUUUAUCUGAUCUCUGGAGGGUUUCGUCAAAUGAUCAAUCCUGUUGCUUCCAUCCUGGGUAUACCAAGUGAAAACAUUUUUGCCAAUCAACUUCUUUUUGGAACUUCCGGAGAAUUUAUGGGGUUUGACAAAAAUGAGCCCACGUCGCGGAGUGGAGGGAAAGCUGCUGCAGUUCGUCAGAUACGGAAGGAUCAUGGAUACAAGUCAUUAGUCAUGAUUGGGGAUGGUGCUACAGACCUUGAGGCUCGUCAGCCAGGAGGGGCAGACUUGUACAUCUGCUAUGCGGGAGUUCAACUCCGAGAAUCCGUUGCAGGAAAAGCAGAUUGGGUGGUGUUUGAUUUCAAGGAAUUGAUCAGUUCAUUGGAAUAGUAUGUGGUUUUCUGUUUUCCCUUUGUUUGUUCAUGUGCUUGAUCACCAUUUAACAGUGAAUGAGUUCCAUCCUCUAUCCUUUGUUUAUUUACGCACUCAUAUCAAAAUUUGAUCAUCUGUUGUGAUCUAUAUUACGUGAGUAAAUAUAUACUCCACUUUAUAGUUACGGUCUUUUUAAAGGGCAUAUUGUUAAACUGCAGAUUAUAUGGUACAACCGGAUGUACUCUCCUCUUGGUACAUUAUGUCAAAUUUGUAAUUGAAAAAAUGUUUUAGAAUGAAUAUUACGUUGUUUC